CAAGGGUUUCUGGGAAUCCGAGGCCUGGGGGAUGAGCGACCGCCCUUUUUGUAGCUUCGAGAGUAGAACAGCGGUACAUGCGUCGAGGGAAAUAUUAUCGCAAAACAACUUUCUGAAACAGCGUAGCCGAACUCGGGCAAAAGAUCAAGAGGGUAAUGGCAGCAGAGGUGGAUGUAGAGCUGGAGGUGGAUGGAAGCAACCAGUACCCGGCACAUUACAAAGUGAUGAUGGACAAACUUAAUGAGCAACGACAGUUGGACCAGUUCACUGACAUCACCCUAAUUGUGGACGGACACCAAUUCAGAGCCCACAAAGCAGUGUUGGCAGCAUGCAGUCAGUUUUUCCACAAGUUCUUCCAGGAUUUCACUCAGGAACCACUGGUGGAGAUAGAAGGAGUGAGCAACACAGCCUUUCGCCAGCUGAUGGAGUUCACUUACACAGCCACACUAGCUAUAGCUGGAGAAGAGGAGGCCAAUGAUGUCUGGAAGGCUGCUGAAUAUCUCCAAAUGCAGGAAGCCAUCAAGGCGCUGAACACUAUGAUAAAUGAGAAUCCCUCACCGACGACGCAGAGGAAAGCUAAAAAGAGGAAGAUAGCUGAGACAUCUAAUGUGAUUACAGAAACAAUACCCUCAGUGGAAGGAGAGCAGGUGGAGAUUGAAGUGAUCGGGGAAGGGGCCAUUGAGGUGGAGGAGUCAGGGCUGGAAGAGGUGGUCGAUGCAGCAAAGAACGCUCAGGGGGCAUCAGAUGACUCGGCCUUGGCUCUUCUUGCCGACAUAACAAGCAAAUAUCAGCAAGGGGAGCCAACGCUACGCAUGAUCAACAAAGGAGGGAUUCCAGAGCAGGAGGUUGUGUACCAGGAGGAAACGGUGACUGCCUCCAAGGUGCUGGAGAAUGUUGAGGUCGUAGAGGUCCAGAUUUCCCAAGUAGACAACAUGUUCCGCUGCAACAAGUGCGACCGCACCUUCAAGUUGUACUACCACCUCAAACAGCACUUGAAGACGCAUCUGGGCUCGCUGGAAAAGCCCCAUGUGUGCAGCCACUGUGGUAAAGCCUACACACGGGAGGGCGCCUUGAAGCAGCACAUCAGCACGUUUCAUUUCGAUGCAGAGGAAUUGGCGCGAAACCAGAAGCCCCAGAAGAAAGUGCAUGUUUGUGAAUACUGUAGGAAGCACUUUGACCACUUUGGACACUUCAAAGAACACUUACGAAAGCACACGGGUGAAAAACCUUAUGAGUGUUCAGAUUGUCACGAGCGAUUUGCAAGGAACAGCACACUGAAGUGCCAUAUGGUGGCCUGUCAGAAUGGGGCUGGAGCCAAGAAGGGACGCAAGAAACUCUACGAAUGCCAGGUCUGCAGCAGCGUGUUCAACAGCUGGGACCAGUUCAAGGACCAUCUCGUGAGUCACACUGGAGUCAAGCCCAACCAUUGCACCAUGUGUGACAUGUGGUUCACCCACCCCAAAGAGCUGAAGGCCCACCUCAGAGACGCCCAUUCAACCGAAGAAGUGAUCAUUACAGACUCGGCCGCGACCGCCGCUCUCACCAUAGCAACGCAGAGCAUAGAGGGAGCAGAAACGGUCCUGCUGGAUGACGGCAUUCAGGUCGAACACGUCACAGUGGAGCCCGUAGAUGUCAUGGAAAUGGAGGAGACCACGACGGUUGUCGUGGAGGAUGGAGGGGUGACGGAGAUGUGCGAGGAGGACAUGGAGAGAUUAAAACAGGCCGGGGUGCAGAUCCAGGUGGUGCAUGUGACAACCACGGAAGUUGACGGGCAGCAGGUGGUGAACCCUCAGGUGGAAGUCGAGCUGGAGGGAGAUGUGGUGAAGGUUGAGGAAGCAGAACAGGCAGUAGUUGUAUGAGCAGACAAAAAAGGAUUAUCUUAAAUGGGCUGCAGGACACUUUCUCAGCAGACUUCUUAUUUUUAUACAGAUUACUGCAUGUGGGACACAGUAUGCCACAUCAAUAUGACCCACGUUUAUGUUGAAUGUCUCUGUCCCUAUUUCCCUCACUGUAUUUAUUUCAAAGCCAUUUGCCAUCAUAUCCUAUAUUUUCGGUGUCUUUGGUGCUUCAUCAAUCGCAUUUCGCCUGUCAAUGUUAUCUCAAAUGUAUAUUUUGAUCUUUCAGAUUGGGUAACUUGCCAUGACAAUUUGACAAUGUAGGAAUUGUUUUUGCGACUCAUAAAACAAAUGUUGUAUGCUGCCAUUUCCCAGUGUUAACGAUACGAUUUUGUUGUCUAUUUCCAUAUUAACUUUUGGUGUUUUUGUAAGAUGAAUUCAAAUAUGGAAUAAAAGCUGUUUUGACAACCGAGUCAUUUUUCAACUGUA